UAACAAUGUUACUUUGUGAAGAAUUUACUUGUUUAAAAUUUGUCGAUCUUACAGUAUUUACACCCACUGUAACUAUCAAAAAUUUUUAUUCCAUUUUAGGGGUCCAGCUCAAAGUAUCACUUCAUCCUUCAGGAAAUCUUCCACAGGGUAGUAAUAUCAUUCAAUUAGAAAAUUACGUAACUUGCUUUUUAAAAUAUUUAUCUUCAAAUUCAUUAUGUCACAUGCUUUAUUGUGUUGUGAAUUUUCAUGGCUAUAUACUGAGGAGUCUGAGCACACAGCGUGAAGUGCUGUGAGGUGAGCAUAAAGUUUCCUUUAUGUCUUGUGUAGUAUGAGUGUUCAAAAUGCUUCUUUUCUUUUUUCCUUUAAAUAGAUCAGCUCUGCUGUGCAGUGGCAGAUACAGAAAACCUCAAGGAGAGGGCACUAAAGGACAGAGUACAUAUCCUACAAGAAAAUGGAUUCACCUGAUAACCAUUUUCAAUCCAAUGAGGCUACCAUAAUAGAUGAUAAUAAUAAGCAAAAAAUUACAGAAGAAAUUACUAGAACUUUGCAGGAAAUCUCCAAAAAUGUAUCAGAAAUGCAAAAGAUUUUUUCCAAGAUGGGAAGAACCCAAAAUCACAGGGAAAUUGAAAACAGUUUAUCCCGACUAAUACAAUAUACAACAGAUCUCUGUAAAACAACUAGUACUAAACUGAAAGAACUGGCUGGACUAUGUACAUUAGGGACAUCAGUUGACGAGAGAAAAUGGAAACUGCAGUUGAAGCGGCUGUCAGAUGAAUUUAUGGUGAUAUGCAAUGAAUUCCAUAAUACACAGAAAAUUAUAAGAGAAAAGAAAAAGAACCAAAUUACAUCAGGCUCAGAUACAGAAGGACAAUACUCAGAACCAAGAUUAGAACAUGAAAAUGAUGUGGAAGAUGAACAGAUCCGAUUGCAGGAAUGGGAACUGAAACUCCAUUUUGUAGAGGAACAAGAACAAGAAGUUCAAAAACUACAGGAAGACAUACUGGUCAUCAAUCAACUUAUGAGAGAAAUUUCCUCAUUGAUUAAUGAACAAAGUGAGAAUGUUGACAACAUUGAAGCCAAUGUGGAAGAAACCACCAUACGUGUUAUUGAAGGAACAGAACAGUUACAGCAAGCAGCCAUUCACAAGAACCUCGAGUUUGCAGAUGGGCAGUGUGAAGAGUAUGGUUUCAACAAGAUGGUGCAACUGCACACACAGCUUGUAAUUCAAUGGCUGUCUUACAGGAUCAGAUUCCAGGCCACUAUCCCCAGAUAUGAUAAUUUUCACUGGCCUUCUUGUUUGCCUGAUCUAAGCUCAUGUGACUCCUUUUUGUGGGGGUAUAUCAAGUUCUGGGUAUAUGUAACAAGCUGAACUGCUUUGAAGAUUGGAAGAUGACAAUCCAAAAGGAACUUGUUCAUAUUCCAAAUCAGAUGUGAAUUGAUGCUGCUCAGAGUUUUUGAGAUUGGCUAUAAUCACAUACAAACAUAAAUGGGCAACAUGUGAGUGAUGUGAUCUUUAAAACAUGAAUGUAAAAUGAAAUUCCCAACAUAC